AUGGACGAGUUCGAUCGUGUUCUUGAUGCUCUGCUAGAUACAGUCACCCCAGAUAAUGUGCCAGAAGAUACAAUUCUCGCUCUCAACUUACUGGUAUCUCAUACUGUCGUAGCAGCUCUCGACCUUCUAGAUAAGAAGUGCGUGACGAGAUAUGAUACACCAGGGGGACGUAAAGCCUACAUCGUGUCCGGCAGCACCGACUCGUACGCCGUGGAAAUAGACGUAUUCAGGAACACACCACCAUCUGCGCUCGAAAACGAUUCAUAUACUACGACCGAAAGCCGAUUAUUCAGAACCCCUCGUCAUUUCUGCACGUGUCCUGCGUUUGCUUACACCGUUCUCCUUCGAAGCCCAAGGUCACCUCUGGAUGAUGAAGAGGAAGAGCUUUCACCUUUGGUGUGCAAGCACGUUCUUGCCGUCCUGCUGGCAUCGCGGCUACAUAAGUGGACCGUGAGAACAGUCUCUUUCCAAGAACUGGAUGGAAUAUAUACUGAACUUUUCGCAUCUCCGACAUAAGCACUGGUUUUCGAAUCAUUUCACAAAUCUGUGGUCAUAUCGACAAGUCGUGAAAUGUAUAUGGGUGGAUAAAAUAACGAAAAAAAUUAUACUCGUAAGGCUAAGACUGUG